GCUCUCCUCCACGCGUCUCUCGCUUCCAUACAUGUCGCAAGAACUUUGGCCUCAACCAGCGGCAUCUGCCAAGCCGCAGCGACGGUGCUUUCGGAGGACGGCACCCCCGUCCCCUCCCUCCCUCUUUUUCGAUGCUGCAGCCUCGCGCCUUUUGCUGGAAGGAACUAGCAACUAGCUAAGGUUCUGCUCUUUCCCGCUGCCCAGUCGCCCUCGGGUGGAUUCGCCCCCCCCCCCGUGCCCGGCUGCUGAAGACCCUUCCGGGUCUGAGCGAGGACGACCCGAAGAAGUUCUCCAGACCCCCUCUACGAGAAGAAGCCUCUACGAGACCCCUGUCCUGAAAGGCUGUGCCCAUUUCCCCGAAGCAUAUCCUGGAGGAGGCCGAUGCUUAGCGCCUUACAGACCUGUUGAUCACCACACUGCGUCCUGGGGACAUCGAUGGCAAGGACGAGGCGAGCAGCCUGGUCCUCUCCUUCACCAGGCCAGUGAGAAGAGCAUGGCCUUCACAUACCUUUCUACUGAAAACUCUGAAAAUAUUGAAGGAGUCUGAGCUAAAGAAGUUCAAGCGCAAACUCCACCAUUUCCCCAUCGAGAAGCGCUUUGUGAAUAUUUCAAAGGAGUUGCUGCAGGAAGCAAGUGUUUCGGACCUCAGCCAGCUGCUCCUCGUCUACUAUGGCCCGGAUUAUGCCUUGCAAGUGACGGCCAGAGUUCUGAAAGCCAUCAACUGUGAGCUGCAGGCAGACAGGGAAGAUGACCUGGUCAUGCCUGCUGAUGUGGACAGAAUGCAGAGAGAGGUGGGAAAGGAACAAGUGUGGCCACUGGAAGGAGUCGCAAUCUCUGCUAAGAAGAUUAUCUGCAAGGGAAGGAAAGAAUUAAUUGAGAUUCUUGGAAGGGACAUUUUACAUGUGUUGUACUCUCGCUAUAUUAUCACACGGAAAGAAUUCUGGGACUUGCUGGAAGCAGAGGAAGACUCCAAGGAGAAAAGUAAAAAAUUGCUGCAUAUGAUCCAGGAAAGGGGGGAGCAAGCUUGUUGCCGGUUCCUUGAAUGUGUAGAAAUGGAACAUCCGGGUUCCAUCCAGAAUCUGCUGCUUGCAAUACAAGGCUCGGGGCAAGAUCCAAUCCAGACUCCUGGCCACUCAGGGCUACAGUUAGAAUCCCCCCUGUUUGCAGAGGAAGGAAGCAGCACGGAGAUGGAAAACCCGGCAGGUUCUGGGGAAAGUGGCCGGGGUAGCUGGUGCCCCAGUGAGGAGCUUCCAGAAAAAAUCAAACCAGUCAUGGUUUGUGACUCAGAAGGGGGUCACAAAAAAUACAGAGUGAGCUCCACAAAGGCUGGCUCCUUCUCUUGUUUAGAUACGGAUCUCAUAUGUGAGGUGAGAGAAGCUGUGACGCUAACAUACUACUUUGAUUCGUGGCCUAAGCACCUGGAAGGACAGACCACCGAGGAGUUGCAUGUUGCUGGCCCUCUGCUCAACAUUCAAGUGGAUGUAGUGGAGGCUGUGACAGCCAUUCACAUCCCUCACUUCCUGUCUCUUUCAGCUGAAGACCAUUCUGGGGUCUACAUUGCACAUUUUGUCAGAGGGGAGAUGAAUCUGGAGAAGCCAGACCGAGUGGAGCCUCAUCAUGUUGUGCUGGAAAACCCCAAGUUCUCUUCCCUUGGAAUCGUUUUCAAAAAGAUGUUUAAGCAAAAGAUCAACACUGUGGCAAGGCUCUAUCAGAGACUUCGAUUGAAAAUGCCAAUAUUCCACCUAUACCUCUUACCCAAUGACCCCUCCCUGAUAAAGGCUGUGGAUGAGCAUGAAGCAAAUUGCCAUUCACGGAGAAUAGAGAAACCCCCUGGGACCCUGAAAAGUCUGAAGAUUGGCACUCCCAUCUUUGUGCAGACCUUAGACGACGUCACAAUCUGGCCUGAGGAAGUGAAGUUUCAAUACCUGGAUGCUGAGAAGCUGCAGCAGUACGUGGAGCUGUCUGCUGAGCAAAUGCAAGAGAAGUUCAGCUUCACGCUGGUGGAGAAGCGCACAAAUAAGCUCAUCUGGAAGGCCCAUGUGAAUCGAGGUGUGUUUUGACCGAGGGAAGAUCACAAGGUUGGACUGUAGGUUGGGAGGCAGGACGGCAAAGAGCAUCCCAGUCACAGUCCCUCUUUGACUGCCUCUUUCCUGUUCUCUUGCAGAA